ACAUUGGAGCACCAACAAGGGAACUGUCCUGCUGCAACUCUCCGCCGAGGAAACUAAACUGAGUCUGCCGUGACACGGAGGCUUUGCUCCUGCGUUUCUGUCCUCCUGUGUACGGAAAGCCGAGUGGAAUAUAACCUGAAAGCUCGCCUUUACUCGGAGAAUAAAGAAAGGCUGAUCCACAAGAUGAAACCCGAGCUGAAGGACCAGAAUGGCUGCACACAUUAAACACCUGGAAUUAUACUUUCUUUGACAACAGCUCACAGAUUUGCCAGAUAAUUCUGGAAGGAACUCUCCUGAACUCCUGCAGAAGCUAGUUUCAUUUCUCUCUGUGGAUUAUAAGUGACAGACUGCCAUCAUGCCGAUUCUCAAGCAGCUGGUGAACAACUCUAACCAGUCGAAGCGGCGGUCCAGAGCUGACCUGACCGCUGAGAUGAUCAGUGCUCCACUGGGGGACUUCCGCCACACCAUGCACGUUGGCAGAGGAGGAGAUGCCUUUGGGGACACUUCAUUUCUUAGCACCCGAUCAGGGGAACCUCCCAGUGAGCCAGAGACGAAGCAUGGCUCCCCGGGGUCCAAACCGGGACUGCUGUCCCGUACAUUCAGGAGCAGCAAACGCUCACAGUCAGUAAACCGAGGGGACAAGUAUGACUACAAUAUGAUGGCGCCUUCUGGUGGCUCGUCCAACUAUGUGAAAAACGCCAUUUCCCUGCCCUACCUAAAUGAGGAGGAUAUUAACAGAGGCAACCAGCUGCCGAAGAGUGUUUCCUCAAGCCCCAUGAAGAGGCUGUCGGAGAUCGAAAGCAGGCCUGUAAAUGGAGCGGCAGCGAUGGCGACACUGGAUGCAGAGUUUGAAGAGCGUAAUUUUGGCGAGCUUACAGAUUUGCCUCAAUCCAUGCCUAAAGGAGGUGGAAUGAAGCACGCAGAGUCUAUGAUGUCCUUCCACAUUGACUUGGGGCCCUCCAUGCUUGGGGACAUCUUGAGCGUGAUGGAGAAGAAAGGCUGGGAUGAGGACGACCUUGGUUAUGAAGAGGGCAAGGGCAGCGAGGGCCGUGCGUCACCCUCCCUCAUUCCUCACAUAGAUGACGACGAUGCAGAGGAGCAAGCCCCCGCAAGGCCACCUCGCAGCAUGUACCAGCAGAAGCCCACGGUGGAUCCCUACACCCCGGAGCUACACGCCAGGAACAACCACCACAACCUGGACAGCUGCUCCGUGUCCAGCUCUGGCUCUGUCACUGAGGAGAAACCUCAGUACCACCUCCAUGACGGCGACACGGACAGUGCAAAGUACAGCUCGCCACGUGGGGAGGAAGAUUUCACCUUCAUGGAUGACGACGACGAUGAGAUUCGAGUUUAGACUAAACUGGUACCACUGCCACGGAUAGUCUCGGACACUAAUGGAGAAGCUGGGAAAGGCUGCGGAGGUAUUUAGAGGCAGGGCCACUUCUGCUUUAAGCUUCUUGUAGAUCAGUCUAAUUUCUGCACACUUUGUUCAACAUCAUAAAUCAAACCAAUUAAGCCUUAUUCACCGUGCUGUAGCAAGGAGAUAUGAGCGGAGUGCAUGCCAGAGUGCAUACAGACUGGCUCUCAGAGUGGAACUCUUGACAGGUUUGGGUGUGUUGAUGGUUGCUAAUUUUUGCAACAUCAAACUCUGAACUCAUUAUUAUUGGGGAAUUCUCCAUUUUCAAAUAAGACUGGCUCCUGCGUUCAAACCUUCUCCUCCUCAAAGGUGCUUUAACAAUGAGCAAGCUAUUGGUUAUGAGCAUCACACACGUUUUAAGAAGUAAAGGGUGACCAAAGGGUUAGAGGACUGUACCCCCAGCUGUCAAUCACAUUAAUAUCACAUUUGGGGUGUGAUGUGUGAGGUGAGGAGGGUGUGCGAGUUCAGAAACCGGAUGAGGACGUGUACUACAGAUUCUGAACAAGGAAGGAAAAGGACAAGAAGUGAAACUCUUUCUAAUCGCUGAGUGUGGAAGUGAUCAUGGAGCUUAAUUUCCCAAUGACAAUGUCUUGGCAUAGACACUAAAUAGAUAAAGUAGUUAAUUACUUUUGUCCACGUCAGAGUCUAAGGGGUGAUUUCUGGUAUUUUUUACUUUAUUUGGUGUACAUAGAGUAUCUGGAAGUUGGUCUACAGUAGCCUGUAUUUGUUAGUUUACUUUUUUGCUACUGUCUCUCUUUGGCACAAGGCGUUUUUGGACCGAACGGUUCUGGGGACUCCUGGACAGGAAGUGUCCAUCCAAGGACCACACACCUUCAAGGUUUUUUUUUUUUUUUUUUUUUUUUUUUUCCUUUUUUCUUUUUUGUUUGCAUUCGCACCACCAAGAGGAACACUUAAGUGACGUACUGUAAGCUGGCCGGUGGUUGGUAUACAGGGUUCCCAAGGUCAUGGAGAACUUGGAAAAGUCAUGGAAUUUUUUUGUUUGUCAUGAAAUUGUUGCAGUAAUCUCAAGUGGAUAACCUUCCACAAAAUGUAAACUAAUGGCAAUUUUAUUUUCUGUAGCUGUUGACGUAACAUAGCUGGGGCACACUGCGUUUUGUUUACUGAUGUCAUUAUGUUUGAAUAACGCCAGGCAAGUGCAGAAAAAAAACAGACAUGGACAAUGUUGGGGGUUUGUCACUUGAGCAGUGCCAAUGCGCACUUUGCUUCCGUUUUAACUGCUCUGGAAGUAGAGCAUAGUAGUUUGAAGGCACGGCGCAUUCAACAAGCCAAUCCAGAAGAAAAAUUUGCUGCUCACAGUAGCCUUUGUUUCAUCAGACACAUAUCAACUUCUUAUUUGGAGAUUAUUGAUUAUGUUCCACCCCAGGAAAACUAAGUAGCAAAAGAAUAACUGAGCAGGAGUUAUUUUGCUGUUGCGUUCUGUUCGUGUUAUAUGUCGUGAAGUCAUGGGUCGUUGAAAAGUCAUGGAAAAGUUUUAAUUUUUGUCCAUGACGAUUUGUGGGAACCCUGAAUCGUGUUGUAUUUCCACCGUCACAUAUGCUCACUAAAGCCUGGACUUUACUUCCUGUGUUUUCUUAAAUUUUUUACAAGCUGUUGUUUGUUUUUUGUGUUGUUUACAUGACUAACAGGUUUUUCAAAAUGGCAGUUGCCGGCACUGCAUUGGCUGUAUUUGAUCAGUCAAUCUACACUUACGUCACUCAUGGUUCCUCUUGUGCUGGAGGGUAACUGCUCUGACAUAGGAGCUAAAAAAGUCCUUUAAAAUGGUGUUCUAAGAGCUACAAUUGUUCCUAGUUCCCGUGAUGCGGAUAUGACAAAAAUGUGGGUUCUUUGAGCUAUGAAAAGCUCCUCUGGUCCAAAAACGCCUUUAAUCUUCUUGUUUUAACUCACAGAGAGCUGUGGUAUUUAUUCUUAUAAGGGAUGGAUCAUACUUAACGUGCACUGCUAGGUCUUAAAAGUUUAGAAUUGGGGUCUUUCUGAUGUGUUGAAUUUUUUUUUUUUUUUACAAAAAUUACAUGGUACUACAGAGUGAGCCAACUACUUUUACAGGAGUUGGCUGCAUGGCACUUAAUAUCAGACUCAAGUAGACAUAAAAUUAUCUUAAGUCACAUCAUUCCCACUAUCACUGUCACGACAAGGCUGUAUUAGACGACAAUGACUUCUGUUUUACAAAAUCACCCGCUGCUAGUGAAGGCUUUUUUACUUGUGAAUUGUCAAAAAAAGAAGGCCUUUGGUAUGUGUUCUGUGUCCUGUACUUUUUAAAGACAGGACAGAAGUGGUGAUUGUGGCUAAUAGUGUGUUAUUCUGUGUCAUCACAUCUCAUUCCACAUCAUUGCUGAGGUUGGUAGGAUUAGCAGGUCAGCAGAGAGGCAUAAACAUGUUUGAAGGGGAGUUGUUGCAGUAGACAAAUUGUUAUAUUAAAAUUAAUAGUUAUGGCUCUUCCCAAAACUCUCUCCAGACAUGUGUUCAGACUCGUCUCUAAGGGCGGAGAAAGGAAGUGAAAACAUGUUCAAAGUGUUAUUAGAGCGCAGCUACUUAAUAGAUGGGCAUCAGGUAUGUCUCGGGGCAGUGAAAGCGGCGGAUAUUUCCUGAACUGGCCCCACAAGUGAUACUAUCCACCUCCUCCACACAACCCAAAUCACACAGUAGGAACAGAUGAUUAAAUCAACCCAUCAUCUGGCCUUUCCCUGUCUACUCAUUAAAUGUGCUGGAUUAUUGGCCCCCAACCAGCUGGAACUGCUCCAGAAACAGCAGGGUCAGGAACAGACAGGUGGGCUGUUUCUCUUUGGCUUUUUUGUGUUUAGUUGCUUUCACAGUGCGCGCUCGCUCAGUCGGCUCCUCCAGGUUACUUUCAGUUCUAAAUAAGGCCAAAAGAGGUGUACUCUCCUCUCCGGUAUCCCAUGAUUAAUGUCUGACCUUUUUUUUUAGUUGGUGUUAGAAAACUAAUUGCCAGGUUUGACGAAUGGGAGCUUUGAAUUUCCUGUUGUGGCACUGAUGCAGGGGUGUGUACACAGAAUCAGGAUGCUGUGCCAUUCUGCCUUGGGCUAUUGUAAUGUUUUGGAAACACGUCUGCAUGAACAGGCUGAGAGAAGUUCUGAAAUUAAAGGGAUAGUUCAGAUCUUUUGAAGUGGGGUCAUAUGAGGUAUCCACAGUUAGUGUAUUACAUACAGUAGAUUUCAGUGUCGCCUCACAGCAAGAGUGUUCCUGGUUUGAACCCAGGGUGGGGGAGCCCUUCUGUGCAGAGUUUGCAUGUCCUCCCCGUGUCAGUGUG